CGUCACUGAUACACACCAGUGCACGGGAACUGAGAAUAUACAGCAAAUAUGGCUGCAAAUUCAGUGUAUGACUUCACCAUGGAGACCCUGGAGGGAAAGGCCGCCCCACUCGACAUCUUCAGAGGAAAAGUCCUUCUCAUAGUGAACGUGGCGACCUUCUGAGGGUCCACCGUCGAAGAGUAUCACAGGAUGAAUGCACUCAUGGACACGUAUGGAGGACUGAACUUCACUGUGCUUGGAUUCCCCUGCAAUCAGUUUGGCCUUCAGGCUCCGGAGGAGAACCAUGAGAUCCUGAACGUCCUGCAGUAUGUGAGACCAGGAGCAGGUUUCCUCCCACAGUUCCCCGUGUUCAGCAGGAUUGAGGUGAACGGCGCAGAUGAACACCCUCUAUACGCCUUCCUGAAGGAAACUCUUCCGUUUGUCAACCCUGUGAUCGGAGACAUCAGGAAGCUCUACUGGUCCCCCAUUAAAGUCAACGACAUCCGGUGGAACUUCGAGAAGUUCCUCAUCACUGCAGACGGGGUUCCUUACAAACGGUACGAUCUUCAUUGUCCUUUUGAAGAGCUGGAUCGGGACAUUACUGCGCUUCUGCGGGGAAGACAUUCAUCAUAACACAUUCAUAACCAGCUCUCUGAUUAUGAUUCCAGCUCAGCCACGGCCACUGUCUGUUCAACAUCUUCACUUACCUAGAUCCAUUCACACUUCUAGACGUCAAUCUCAUGAAAAUGUCAAGAACGUAUUUCACUUCAAAAUCAGUUUUUAUUUUAUUAUUUUAUUAAGAACAUUUCCCUCCCAAACUCUCAUUAUUGUAAAUCCAAAAAAUGAUAAAUUACUGAAAAUGGUAAA